UUCUUUGAUAGACUUAAUAGUUACAUAGUUUUAUAGUAAAAUACCUAAUCACGUAGCAUGUCCUCAGAGCGGGUGGCAAAACAUUUAUUUUGGCUACUAACAGUUUGAACACGCGUACGUAGCCUUUUUUCAGCGGCGACAAGCGAAACCAGUUAUUUAAACAAUGAAGCACCAUUGUUCGCCACAUGACCUUAUGAACGAAAGAAGCUCUUUCUGACGAUCUAUUUCAUCAAUCAUUGAAUUCUCUUCGAAAAAAUAUCAACUUUGGUCAACAUUUGCAAAAUGAAGGCGAUCUAUAUUCUUGUUAUCAUAGUGCUUCUCUCUGAAGUAGAGGGAGGUAAAUUAAUGAAAAAGAUCUUCGCUUGCAAAGCUAAAAACAAGGACGUCUCGUCGAGGAAACGAAGGGAGACUACAAGAGCUGAGAAGGAAGUUCAAGAUAUGUAUGGUAAUUCUCAUAAAGUUAUGGACGAAGAGACGAAAUCCAGGGAGACCCUCGCUAAAGCUGAGGAAAACCUGAAAACUCACUACUUCCAAGGAGACAUGAUGUUGACUCAUCAUCAGCAGACAGUGAUGACCAAUGCAUUCAAAUUUGCUUCUCAAAGAAGCGAUAUUGAAAACCGUGCUAUGAUAAAAGAUGUUGCUCGACUGUGGCCUGACGGAAAAGUCCCGUAUGCUUUUGCUGCGGACAUAGAUGAUGAGGGAAAGAGCGUUGCCAAAAGUGCAAUGGACCAUUGGAUGGAACACACGUGUGUCAAGUUCGCCCCCAGGACAACAGAAAAAGACUUCGUAGAAUUCCAAUUUGCUGAUGCGUGUGCAUCUCGCGUUGGUCGUCUACAAGGAAAACAAGAGAUUCUCAUUGGUUCGCCCCAGGCCAAAUGCAAGGUCGGAAAUCUUAUCCACGAGUUAGGUCAUACACUUGGAUUUUUCCACGAACAUUCCCGACCGGACAGAGACUCCUAUGUCCGAGUGGCUUUCGACCGUGUCCGACCAGGUUUUGAAAUCAACUUCAAAAAGCUGCCAGCUGAUUGGAUAGACUCGCGUGACGUCGCAUACGAUUACGGCUCAAUCAUGCACUAUCCUCGCACCAUAUUUGGCAAGACACCAUGGGAUGAAACCGUAGUACCGCUGGACGCUGCGGCUCAAGUAGGACAGAGGAUCAAGCUUAGUGACCCGGAUAUACUUCAGGCAAAGAAGCUCUAUAGAUGCCCAGACAGAACAACUGUUGUAAAAAUGGCUGUCGAUAAGAAGUAUUUCCUUUUUGUCUUCUUGUUUUUAAAUGGCUCAAUGUCGUAUGAUCUCAAUCAUAAAAGGCAAAUAGAUGAAAUGGUGGAAGGGAAUGAAAUGCUUCUGGAAGGCGAAGACUUGGCCAAAGCUGAGGAGAAUUUAAACAGCGACUUUUUCGAGGGCGAUAUCCUAACUACGCCAGAGCAGAUGAGGAAGAUCAACAAGCUUUUGUUACAUCAUCACGACACAACCGACGCAGCCGACACUGACGUCUCCGACACCAACUCAGCUGAAAGACCGGAUACUCGUGGGCUAAUAAGAAACCUUCGCAGGACCUGGCCUAGUGGGAUGGUUUAUUAUGAAAUUGGUGGUGAUCUUGAUCCUCGAAGAGAACAAAUAAUAGAGGAGGCCAUGGACCAUUGGAGACAACGAACGUGUCUUAAAUUUGCAAGGAGGACGAAUCAGAAAGACUACGUACAUUUUCAAUCUGGAGCAGGUUGUGCAUCGUUUGUCGGUCGUAUCGGAGGAUCUCAAAGACUCGUCUUUGGUAAACAGUGCAAGUUGGGUAAUAUAAUUCACGAAAUCGGCCACGCAAUUGGUUUCUUCCACGAAAUGGCGAGACCUGACAGAGACAAAUUUGUUAAGAUCAACUGGAAAUAUAUUCUACCAGGUCGCCAGAGAAAUUUCCUCAAAUUUACAGAGGCAACAAUUAACUCCCGCGGAGUCGAUUACGACUAUCGCUCCAUAAUGCACUACAGUCGACUGCAUUUCACAAAAAGUCGCGCGGGAAAUCUGGAAACGAUUGUUCCGAGGAUUAAAGGUGCGCCGUUCAUUGGCCAGAGAAUUGGGUUGAGUGUUCUGGAUAUAAAACAAGCCAAGCUACUCUAUAAUUGUGACGGUAAUGUUGCCGGACAAGGAACGAUCCCCAUGGAUGACAUGGGUGAUAGUGCGAUGCAGUGAUUGGCUGUUGAUGCUCGCUGCUGACUGCUGAUUGGCUGAAACACCGUUUAUGGCGGUCAUUGCUGAUUUUGUGGAUUGGGUGGAAAGGACGUCAGAAAGCUGCCAGUUCCUCCAGCGACGGUUUUGAUGUGACAAAGCAUGCUUUUCAACAGCCCCAAAUUCAAUUUCCAAGUUUAGAUUUGUGUCAGACUUGGUUAUAUAGUUAAAGAUGAUAUUGUACAAUUUAUAAUCCUAGUACCCCACCGAAAAACACUUCGGUGAUGUGGGAAACAUACUGAUGAAUGAUAAUGUCUCUAUGUGUUUUCUAACCACACUGAAUUAGAUAAAACCCUAGCUAACCUUACUGCUUUUUGAUAAAAGUUAAAUAGUACUUUUUAAAUAUCAUUUCACAAAACAUUCUAUAACACUUCACAACUCACAA